CUCAACUCUCAUUUCCGCCAAAACCUUCGACGGAGCAAACGCUCUCAGCCGACCCGAGUCACCCAAACCCCUUCGAUCUUCGCUUUGGUUAUCCAUGUCGGAUAUCGAUAUGGUGGAUGGGAAUCUGGCUCUGAAAGAGAUCCAGAAGCUGGAGGGCCACACCGAUAGAGUAUGGAGCCUCGCCUGGAAUCCGACCGCUGGAGCCGGGGGCCUUCCACCGAUGCUCGCCUCUUGCAGCGGUGACAAGACUGCCAGGCUGUAUUGGAAGACACCCAUAACCGUACUGUUAGAUCUUGUGCUUGGUCUCCAUGCGGAAAACUAUUAGCAACGGGAAGUUUUGAUGCCACAACUGCAAUAUGGCAGAAAAGUGGUGGUGAUUUUGAAUGUAUUGCAACAUUAGAGGGUCAUGAAAAUGAAGUUAAGGGUGUUGCAUGGAAUCCUUCCGGGUCUUUGCUAGCCACUUGUAGUCGAGAUAAGUCUGUAUGGAUCUGGGAAAUGCAACCCGGCAAUGAGUUUGAAUGUGUUGCUGUGCUGCAAGGGCACACACAAGAUGUCAAGUUGGUGCAAUGGCAUCCACAUUUGGAUGUUUUGGUUUCUGUCAGUUAUGAUAAUUCUAUUAAGGUCUGGAUUGAGGAUGGCGAUCUUGAUGAUUGGAGCUGUGUGCAAACAUUAGGUGAAAGUAGCAGUGGUCAUUCAUCAACGGUUUGGGCACUAUCUUUCAAUCCAGCUGGUGAUAGAAUGGUUACAUGCAGUGAUGACCUUACAAUGAAGAUUUGGGACACCAGUAGUAAUCCCUCUCAGUUUUCUGGUGAUGGAAUUGGAUCAUGGUUUCACCUCUGUACUCUUUCAGGAUAUCAUGAUCGGACAGUAUUUUCAGUUAAUUGGUCAAGGGAUGGUAUUAUUGCUACUGGAGCAGCUGAUGAUUCUAUUUGCCUUUUCCACGAGACGAAAGAUUAUUUGGUUGAUGGAGGAUCAUACAAAUUAAUUCUAAAGAAGAACAAAGCUCACGACAUGGACGUGAACUCUGUGCAGUGGAAUCCAAAGGAACCUGAAAUUCUGGCUUCGGCAAGCGACGACGGCUCGAUAAAGCUAUGGAGACUAACACAAGUUCCCUGAGAAAAUGGUGUCAUUUUUGGCAUAUGGUAUAGGUGAAAGAUGUCUAAAGAGUAGCGAGCUAAUGGCCACAGCAGCUGUUGGAUUAGAUAACUGUUAGGUGUCGUCAGUUAGAAAAUGUUUCAUACUGUACACUGAG